GAUAUGGACGAUUACCAAGAGUCGCUUUCUCCGGGCGAGACUGGAGAGAACAAAGUCAUCCAGCGACGGCGAAGGCCCCCGCUCUCCUGCACUGAGUGUCGUCGGCGAAAACUAAAGUGCGAUCGCUCGCUUCCAUGCGGACAAUGUGUUCGCUCCAAAACAGCGGAUUCAUGUGUCUUUGUUGGGCCCCAGCCAGGGGCAGCUUCAGAGUCGUCGCGCCAAAUGUCCCCGCCGGUGUCUCGGACGCGGAUGCCUAGUGGCUCGGACGAUCAAUCUGGGAAUGGCGGGAUGUUUGUCUUCGACUCCAAAAUGGGCCCCAAGUCGAGUUCCAAUCGCAUUUCUAAACGCGGCCAUUCAGAUGAACUACAUGAACUCAGGAAUCGAUUGCGAACGCUGGAACAUGCAUUAUCGAAGCCGAAUGCUCUUCAGACACCCGAAACAUCAGUGGGUGAUUUCAUUUCCGAUAACUGUACAUCCCAGCACAGUUUGGAUGCAGCUGGUGUGGAAGACCGCGUGCGCUUUCUUCCGGACUCCAGCUUUCGAGGCAAAAGGGGCAAGACUCGGUAUUUCGGGCGCAGCCAUUACACUACCACGGUAUCUUUUUUCCAAGAUAUUGGUUCCUUCUUGCGACGUGGUCAUGGUAAUAAAUGCCACAAAGACAAGGAAUUUCUCGACAUGAAGAAGUUCAAAUGUGAGCUCUGGUCUCGCGAGAGUCAAAGUCAUCAGCGAGCUUUCAGAGAACAAGCCUUCAACUUGCAGGAAAUGGUACCAGCACGGAACGUUGCGGACGAGCUCCUUCAGCUUUAUUUGGACACCUUCGAGACAACGUAUCGCGUUCUGCAUAUCCCGACGUUCCUGAAGGAGUACUCUGACUACUGGGAUAACCCCCAGAAGCCUGAUAUGGCAUUUGUGGCUCAAUUGCUGGCAGUCUUGGCAGCGGGAAGUUGUUUCCACAUGUCCAUGGAGGCCGAAGCUCGUGAAUUCUAUCAAACGCCAGCCAUGAAAUGGAUCAUAGGCGUUCAAUCCUAUGUCUCCUGUUCGUUUGUGAGCCCGGAAAUUAAUCUCCGGAUGAUACAGACACAGACGCUCUUGCUGGUGGCCCGUCUCGGGGUUGCCAAUGAUGGAGAUGUAGCCUGGGCAUCCUCCGGCUCGCUCAUCCGUUCUGCAAUGACAAUGGGCUUACACCGCGACCCAACCCGCUUCCGCAAGGGAGCCCGCCCAUUCUGGUAUGAGAUGCGCCGUCGAGUCUGGGCGACAAUCGUAGAGCUGGAUUUGAAGAUCUCUCUAGAUCGGGGUGUCACUCCGUCAGUUGAUCUUGAUGAAUGUGACUGUGAUGCACCUUCCAAUUGGGACGAUAACGAUUUGGUCGAGAGUCUGGAGAAUAACCCAGCUCCUCUCAGCACGGCGACAUACACUCGGAACUUCUAUCAAACCCUCCUCUCAAAGUCAUUACCACUGCGAUAUCGCAUCGCAAAGAAGAUCAACAAAUUGAAAUUUGAUAUCUCAUACGACGACGCCCUGCGAAUGGGUGAGGAAAUGCUCCGCUUUGUGAAGCAUGCUCAAUCGCUGUUCGAAGACAACGCAUCAAGCAUCAAUCCCUCCGAUGCUACACGUCAUCAAUUCGCCCAAUCCGUUCACAUGUUCAUCAUGCGCAAGUUCCUCCUUGCGCUCCAUCGACCCUUCUCGCUUAGCGUUGUACGACUACCAAAAUGCUCUUAUUCCCGAAAGAUCUGUCUCGAGGGAUCUCUUGAGAUUCUAUCCCUUAUGGAGCUUCCAUUGACUCCAGAUCUAAUUCGGUAUCCGCACAUCACACAACUAGGAAGUGGCAUGUUCCGCGACGAAAUCUUCCAUGCAGCCAGCACUGUCUGCGUGGAACUAUCCCUUCAAGCACAGGAAAUGAGCCACCCAGGCUCAGCAAUGGAAGGAAUGAACUCUAGCGUAUUGAUGAGUAUGGUCCAGUCUCAACAGACCGUGAUGCUAGAUGGAGUCGAACGUACCCUUCACGACUUCGGUCGGCGAAUCCGGGCCACUGGCACUGGAUCCAAGCCUUACUUCUUCUUGAGUAUUAUGCUCGCCUCGGUCAAGUCCCGCAUUAAGGGAGACGAUCCCCUGUGUCAGGUUGAGGCUUCGUCCAAGAAGGCUGUUCGGGCCUGUAAAGGCAGAUUGAAUGGUCUUUCGUAUUCCGAUGCGCUCGUUUUUGCAGAGAACCAGCCCGCACAGACCCCUGUGGUUCCUGACGGAACAACCCCAGUUUCUGCAUCUUCUCUUGACCUUGAUCUUCCUUCCCUUUUGUCAACGGACUUUGGUGAUUUAACAUCUAUGGAUUUGGGUGGCUGGUUCGACGGCCUGGAUACCGCCAACACGGAAUUAUGGGACAAUAAUCUCUUUGGAAACCUUCCAUCCAUCCCAUAA